GAGCGAAUUUACGGCUUGAGAGAUAGAAGAGGGGAGAAAUCAAGCAUUUUAUUUUUGCAUUUCAGGUUCAUGCCGGCUUUGCCUCAUUACCCUUUCCCUUUUUUGUCCUAAACCUCUUUACUUGCAAUCUUAACGUGUGGCCUGUUCAAGCAUGCCCACCAACGGAAUAAAUAGGGCCCUAAAACUGCAGUUUGGUCUCGUCAACUAUGAGAGCCGCUACCUGACGGCUGAGGCUUUCGGCUUCAAGGUGAACGCCUCAGGCGUCAGCAUGAAGAAGAAGCAGAUCUGGACCUUAGAGCAGGACGAGCAAGAUGGCCAAGUAGUGUUCCUCCGCAGCCACCUGGGACGCUAUCUAGCCUCUGACAAAGAUGGAAAGAUGACAUGUGGGGCAGAGAAGCCUGACCCCGACUGCCGUUUCCUUAUUGUGCCUCAAUCUGAUGGUCGCUGGGCACUGCAAUCAGAGCCUUACCUGCGUUACUUUGGAGGCUCGGCUGACUACCUGUCCUGCUUUGCCCAAGCCAUUGGGGAACAAGAGCUCUGGGCCGUCCAUUUGGCUUUACACCCGCAGGCCAGCCUGCUCAGUGUGGCACGUAAGCGCUAUGCCCAUCUGUCCGCUUCAGAUGGAGAGAUCUCGGUGGAUAGCAACAUUCCCUGGGGAGUGGACUCUCUGGUCACCUUGGUAUACCUCGAUGGCAAGUACAGCCUGAAGACCUGUGACAGCCGUUUCCUCAGCAAUGAUGGCAAACUGGUGAAGGAGAACACCAAUACUACCAGCUUCACACUGGAGCUUAAAUCUGGCAAGCUGGCCUUUAAGGACUGUGGUGGAAAAUAUCUGACCCCAGUGGGUCCCACAGGGACGCUGCGAUCUGGCCGAUGCUCCAAACCUGGAAAAGAUGAGCUGUUUGAUCUUGAGGAGAGUCAUCCACAAGUAGUUUUUCAAGCAGCCAAUAAAAGAUUUGUCUCGGUCAAGCAAGGAGUGAGUAUUUCAGCCAAUCAGGACGUGGAGACAGACAUGGAGACCUUCCAGAUGGAGAUUGAUAAGGAGAGCAAAAGGUCUAUGUUCAGGACCAAUGGUGGAUCCUACUGGACUCUAGUGACUCACGGAGAGAUCCAAUCCACCGCCACAGAAGUCAAGGUCAACACAAUGUUUGACAUUGAGUGGCGAGGGAGGAGAGUGGCACUCAAAGCAAGUAAUGGAAAGUACGUUUGUACAAAGAAGAACGGGCAGCUGUCAGCAGUCAGCGAUACAGUGGGUGAUGACGAAUUAUUCCUGAUGAAACUCAUCAACCGCCCUAUGCUGAUCCUUCGUGGAGAGACUGGCUUUGUGUGUCACCACAAGAACUCCAACACUCUGAACGCAAAUCGAUCCGUCUAUGACAUUUUCUCAUCGAUCUUCAACGACGGCGCCUACAAUAUUAAAAGUGUGAAUGGAAAGUUCUGGUACGUCUCAAGCAGUGGCCUGGUGUGCUCAGAUGGAGAAAAGCCAGAGGACUUUUUCCUUGAGUUCCUGGAGCAUGGACGCGUCGCCAUCAAAGGCUCUGAUGGCAAGUACCUUCGUGGAGACCAGGGAGGUACGCUUAUGGGUGACGGUACAACUAUUGAUGUAUCUUCUCUGUGGGAGUAUUGAUCAGGGUCCUCAAAGAAGAAGAAAGCAAGUGAGGUGCAGGACCCGCUUCUAUCGGCUCUGAUGAAGAGGACUGAACGGGUAACACUGUUUUUAUACUAGCUGCCAGGUGCCCAAUACCAUGUUUUUUUGUUGUAAUUCGGAAGAAGAGAACACAUUAGGAAAGUAUGUGUGGUGUUUACUGUAAAUAUGUUGUCUCUCAAAUGACAAUGCCAUCAUCAAACAACAGAUACUGUGAAAAUAUGUAAUUUCACAAAUACAGAACAUUAUGGCUGUCCCAAAUCCAUCAGACACACUUUGUUCAAUAUAGGUACAGUGACAACCAAAUAUCUUUGAAGGCGGCCAUACUGAUCAGUCCACGCACAAAGAGAAAUUUAACAACUGAGAUGGGAUCACACCAGCUGUAAAUUGGUCCAGAGCCAUAAAUCGGGGAGGCACAUCCAUAUUCGACUCUGCCUCCAUUUUGAUCUCAACUACACACAUGUAAAGUUUCGUUACCGCAUGUUGUACUGUUGCUGUGCUAUCAUGGUCACAAAAUAUGUACUCAAUGACCACAUUUUGCCAGACUUAAAUUAAAAGGUGAAAAUAAUAUCAGUGUCGCUAGUGUAGCUUGUAAAGAGUGACGCCGCCUAACUCGGUACAUUAGACACAUUUAGUUCUUCUGCUCCUGUUGAAUUCCUCUGGCUAAAUUGAAUAAAUAUCUCCAAACACUGAAGAAAAUGUUGACGAUUUCGCUGUCUAUCAAAACUGAUGUAUAUAUUCAAUUAAAUAGAAACAGAUAAGGAUUGAUCAGUGUGGCUGCAUUCUUAUGUUUACUUAUAGAAAACAAACAGCUACACUCAUUUCUAGACAGAAAAUAAACUUCAUUUGGUUAAGGUGACUAGACCUUAAUCGACUGUUUAUCAGGAUACUUCUAUAACCUCUAUCCUACUACCGAUCCUACUGGGUUUGUUUACAGAUUUCCAAUGAUUUCAAUACUUUUUCAAGAUUUCAAGACACGUUCCGUUAGUGGGAUCAUUGAUGUCACUCGAAGCAAAGGUAAUGCACCACUGUCUUUGAGGACAGCGGAUGGCUGGUGCCAAUGAUGUUUUUCCAUUUAUCUUUUAGACCAUUUACAGCUUCUAUAAAAGCACCAUAUGAAGUAAAUGAAGUGGACUGGAGCAAAUAGACUGCACUGUCUCAGGCACCUUUGCAAUGCGGAGCAAUAUCCAAAGAGGAUAUUAGAGGAUACUUAACUCAGCAUCACUGCAAAAACUGAAAUAUGUUGUUGUGUAAUACAUAUAUAAUUACAGAGACAGGACAUGUUCAGAGACACAGGAUAUCAGUAGAAAUGUCAUACAUCCACAUCAGGUCACAUUUAAUGGACUAUACGUCAUUUUAAUGUACCAGGUAUGAACUCAGAAAGUGCUUCUCUGGUGUUCUGCCUAGGGGCCUUAAACAAUAAUGCACUCUAGAUCCCUUUAUACGCUGUUCUGAUGUUCAGAGUUGGGUGGUGAGAUUAGAAAAUAUAUAAAAAAAUAUUUCCAUCCAUUUGCCCAAAGUCAGAUGAGAAGUUGUAGUGAAUUUCGAUUGUGCAGUGAGUGCUCUGUACACUUUGUGGUGUUCGUCAAACCCAUAUCCAAUGUGGCAGCAAAAUGCUACUUCAGACAGAUUUGGAAAACAUGUUAUGUUUCACUGCUCACAAAGCUGGGAUAUCAGUCUUCCCUCUGCACCCAUUCUUUGUACAUGGCUAGGCCAAGAACAUCCCACUGAAACUGAUAUGAAUCUUCUCAUCCAACUCUGGAGAAGACAGCAAACAACUGUAUUUAACAAAAUGCCGGAGUGUUCCUGUCAGUAAUCUACCAAACACUGCUUUUGUAAAAUGUGAUCAGUAGCCUCUAGUUGACCCUUAGCCAGCAGAGCCCUUUUAAAAAGAAGACGUUUUUGUAUUUUGAUCUCACAGGACUCACUGAAUUAAUUACAUUCUCCUGACACCCAUCAAUGGCACAAGCUGCCCAGACUUUAUUGGCACAGAUGUUGGUGUGCAGCAAAUAGGACAACCU